UGUUUGAGGGUCUCUCAUUUUCAUGAGGUUGUUUUGAAGGUCAUUCUUUUCUAUUUCAUUGUGCGUUCAGUUGUUCAGUUCUUGCUGGUAUAUAGCCCCAAACUGAGGUUUUUUUAAAGACACUCAGCAUAUUAUUUUACACUGCAGUGAUUUUGCCAAAGAGCACCUGAGAGACAGUAUGCAUUUUACUAACUAGAAUUUGUUGUAGACAAAUAUUCCAUUGUUCCUGAUGAAUGGAUAUAAAUAAGUAGGUUUAAAUGUGUAUAUGUCAUUAUCUACUUUGUGUUACAAUUAACUUCAGAAUUUUCUCUUUAUAAUAUAAUAAAUUUAAAACCCCAUUUUCUCUAUGAAUAUUUCAGAACAGAAAUUGUGGAACUAGACCCUAAAUGUUCAAGUUUACUAGAUCCUCAAAGCUUAAUCACUUUCUCAACAAUAUGCAUUUCAAAAAUUCUGCUGGAAAAACUGUGGUUCUGGACGCAGAAAGGAAAUUAGAUGCAGAAUAUGAUAUUGUCAACCUCUGGAAUUUUCCACUUGGUCUCACACAAAAGAUGAAAGUUGGAACAUUUUAUCCAAAAGUUCCACAAGGCCAAGAGAUGUUUUUGUCUGAUCAUAUGAUACAGUGGGCCACAGGAUUUACAGAUCUUCCUCGCUCUGUGUGCAGUGAGAGCUGUUUUCCUGGAAAAAGAAAAUCUGCCCAGGAGGGGAGGCCUCCUUGUUGCUAUCAUUGUACUCAGUGUCCACACAAUGAGAUUUCCAAUGAGACAGAUAUGGAUCAUUGUGUGAGGUGUCCAGAAAGUCAUUAUGCAAACACUGAGCAGAAUCACUGCCUCCAGAAAACAGUGACCUUUCUGGCCUAUGAAGACCCUUUGGGGAUGGCACUGACCUCCUUGGCCCUGAGCUUCUCUGCACUCACAGCUGGUGUUCUUGUUGUGUUUGUGAAGUACCACCACACUCCCAUAGUCAAGGCAAACAAUCAGGCUCUCACUUACAUCCUACUCAUCACUCUGACUUUCUGUUUCCUCUGUCCCUUGCUCUACAUUGGCCACCCCAACACAGGCACCUGUAUCCUGCAGCAGAGCACAUUUGCAGUUCUGUUCACGGUAGCUCUCUCCACAGUCUUGGCCAAAAGUGUUACUGUGGUUCUGGCUUUCAGGAUCACAGUUCCAGGGAGACUGAUACGGUGGAUAAUGAUAUCAAGGUUUCCUAACUUCAUCAUUCCCAUCUGCACCCUCAUCCAACUUGUCCUCUGUGGAUUUUGGCUGAGCAAAUCUCCUCCCUUUGUUGACUCAGAUGCUUACUCAAAACAUGGACACAUAAUUAUUAUAUGCAACAAGGGCUCCACUAUUGCCUUCCAUUCUGUGCUGGGUUACCUCUGCUCCAUGGCACUUGGGAGCUACACUAUGGCUUACCUGUCCAGGAACCUGCCCGACACAUUCAAUGAAGCCAAGUUCAUGUCCUUCAGCAUGUUGAUUUUCUUCAGUGUGUGGGUCACCUUCCUUCCUGUCUACCACAGCACCAAGGGGAAAUAUGUGGUUGCCAUGGAAGCCUACUCUAUCUUGGUUUCUAGCGCAGGCCUCCUAGGUUGCAUCUUUGUCCCCAAGUGCUAUAUUAUUUUGUUCAGGCCACAUAGGAAUGUGCUUCAUCAUGUCAGGAACAAAGUACAUUCUAGAUGAAAAUUUGAUUAUACAGUUUAGUUCAUGGUUUUCUUAAUAAUAUAGAAGACUUCAAGUUGAUUUAGGUGCAAUCCAGUUGACAGAGAUAAUGAAGCAAUGUAAUGUUUUAUAUUUAUUUGUUUCAUUUAUUAAUGAAUCAAUCUUUAUUCUCACAUAUUUUUGCAUAUUUCUAUAUAUUAGAAAGCUUAGUUUAAAAAUAUUCUAAUUAUACAGGAGAUUUGAAUAAUAAGUACAUUAUGGUAAAAUAAGUCAAACAUGGCAGUUUAUUAGAAAUUCUAGAAUAAGUUAGAAUAUUAAUUUAGAGAACUGACACCAUUGUUUCGAUAUUAAAUUCUAUAGCAUUUCCAGGAGAAUAGAUUGAUCUCAGAAGCCUGUCCCAAUGUCCUAUAUUUAUCAAAGUUCACUGACAUGUAUCCAUUCUUACAUCACCACCAAAACCCUUCUUCAUCACAGCUAGGAUACACUACUUCAUCUUGUAACUUAGUCUGUCCCUACUCCUUAAAUCUUGUUACAGCUCACUUAAGACUGCAACUUGUCAACUUGUCUCACCAGCAUUAUUAAAAUUAAAAUUUGCAUAGUAAUGAGUGGUACAGCUUUGAUUUUCUUAUUUGUCAAAAUUCAUUUCCCCUUGGACUUAUUGCAAUGGAGUGUUUUCCAUAUAUUCUUCCAGCUACUGUCAUGAUAUUGAAGCACAAUAUAUUUGAUUUCUUCCCAAUGUAAAAAUGUUAAUAGAAUAAUUGAACAGAGAAAAUAUAUUUUGAUUCAAUGUAUCAGAAGGCUUAAAUAUGGUUAAGUGUACUUGGCCCAAUGCAAUUGGGCAAAACAUCCUGCUGGCAGAAUACAUGAGAAAAGAGAUGCUGUUCACUUUUUGUUGGCCCAUCUGGUGGGGACAGUCAAUGUAAGACCAGGGACACCUAGGAGAAAAUGGGUGACAAGCAGCUCAAAGCAUGGAUGGCAAGACUAUACUUAUCAAGACAACAAAAUUUAUUCAUUCCAAAGGGGUUUAUAUAGGUCCAUAGUUGGAAAGUGAUGAGGGGAGAUAGUGGGGUGUUGACUGCAGCCAAGAGGAAGCUAGCAGGGCAGAAAGGUCAGUGAGAGUGUAGGCCAUCCUGGUGAUAUAAAUACAGGUUCAAAUUCUAUCUUUCAAAAUCUAUCCUACAUUGGUUAAGCCUAUCACCUGAGUGACUUGGUAAUGAUCACCAGGGUUAGUCUUUAACUGAUGGAUAAGCUGUGAGGCUGUUUCUCAGAACAUGCUUCAUAUCUUAAGAGGUGUUAUUUCUACAAUGUGUCCUGGAUAGUGCUAGGGCCGGACUAUGGCGGAGAUGCCUGAAUUUGUGGUACAUGGGCAAUUAGAGUGAGAGGUGACAUGCAGGGGAAUAUUAAAGUCACAUAGGUGCUUCCAUUGUAUCCCAUUUCCUACAUUAGUUUUAACAACACCCUAAGCAGUGUCAUGAGUAUGAAGCCAUGCAGUAAAAGCAUUAGGUUUGAGGGAAGAAUGGUCUUCUCUUAAUAAUACAGUGACUUCUACUCUAGAGGGUAUUAGGCAUCUGUUUACAUUUCAUUCUUUAGACUGAAAUGCAGUGAUGCAAAACUUCUAGGCUUACUUUUUCUUACAAGUCUGUAGAUAUACAGAGAGGACCUUUAUUCUUUCUUAUCUUGUCAGGCCACAAAUGAUUUCCCAUGGACUCAGUCACACAUCUCUGCUUUUGGUCAAAACAAUGGGCAUGUCUUUAACCCCUGUCAUGUCUCCUGAAGAUUUUUUAUCAUUCAUGGAAUAAACUUGGUUUUUCCAUAUAGUGAAAAACAGCUAUACCAGAAAGCUCCCACAGAGUGUUUACUUAUUUGUGUGUUGUAAUUUGUGCUAUUGUCAAUUAGGAUGUUAUCACACUUCCUUGGAAUAUAUCAGCCACAAAAAAUCUAACAUUUA